AUGUCGAACUGGUCCCCGCUUAAUGUUCCUGACUCCCCAAAGGAGCCAUUCACCGACUACUCACGCUGGAGAUUGCGGAAUACGACCGAUGGAAGCCAUAUAUGGGACUACCUUCAAACUGACGAGGAUAAUGAAGCGCAACCGCAGACGGAUAGGGACAAGUACUUCCUUGGGAUACCCUUGAACUACCCACCACUACCUAAAGCCAACACACCAUUAGAUGCCGCUCGGAAUGGAUACACCUUCUACAAGCAUCUUCAAUCACCAGACGGGCAUUGGGCAGGCGAAUACGGAGGCCCAAUGUUUCUACUACCUGGUCUCGUCAUUGGUUCAUACGUGUCCGGAAUGACAUUCCUCGAGGUGGAGAGACUGGAGAUGAUCCGCUAUGUUCUCAACCGUGCACACCCCGAUGAUGGUGGCUGGGGUUUGCACAUCGAAGGCGAAUCUACAGUGUUCGGUACAGCCAUGAAUUAUACUGCGCUGCGAUUACUUGGUGUCUCCGCGGAACAUCCUGCAAUGGUGAAAGCGAGAGCUACACUCCACAAGUUCGUAGGGGGCGCGGUCGCGUCGCCUUCCUGGGGAAAAUUCUGGCUUUCGGUCCUCAACGUAUAUGAGUGGGAAGGCAAUAACCCGGUUCCAACUGAGAUUUUACUGCUCCCUAAAUGGGUUCCUUUCCACCCAUGGAGAUGGUGGAUUCACGUUCGUACUGUCUAUAUCCCUAUGGCCUACUUGUCAAACGUGCAUUUCAAGGCCGAGGAGAACGACCUCAUCCGGUCUCUACGCCAGGAACUCUACACACAACCCUACGAAUCCAUCGACUGGCCUGCACAAUGCAACAACGUUAGCCCAAUAGACGUUUACGCCCCACAUAGCACCAUCUUCGAUUUCCUUAAUAUCAUCCUCAAACUCUACGAACCAUGCUCAAUUCCACCUGUCCGCCGUGCCGGCAUCGCCGAAGCUUACAAGCUCAUCGUCCUCGAAGACGAAAACACGACGUACCAGACCCUCGGCCCAGUCUCGAAGAUGAUGAACCUCGUCGCGCGCUUCCAUGCGGAAGGACCCGAGUCGCAUGCGUACAAGAUGCACGAUAUCAAAAGGAAGGAUUUUAUGUGGAUCAAUGGAGAGGGAAUGAUGAUGUGUGGAACGAACGGGAGUCAGUUGUGGGACAUCGGGUUUAUGACGCAGGCGUUAGUCGAGACAGGGUUGGCGAAGGAAGAGGAGAAUAAGGAUAGUCUCGUGGCGGCGUUGAAGUGGUUGGAGGAGUGUCAAAUGACAGAGGAUCCGAAGCAUCUUGAGACGAGUAAUAGGCAUCGGACGAAGGGUGCUUGGCCGUUCAGUACGAAGGAACAAGGGUACACGGUCAGCGAUUGCACAGGUGAGGGGUUGAAAUCGGUUUUGUACCUGCAGAAUCACCUCGACUUCACGCCGAAAUUGGUUUCUGAUCGUCGAUUAUUUGAUGCCGUGGACACACUGCUUACUAUGCAGAACCCGAGUGGUGGUUUUGCCAGCUACGAGCUCAUCCGUGGGCCCAGCUGGCUCGAACAACUCAACGCUGCCGAGGUCUUCGGCAACAUCAUGAUCGAAUACGCUUAUCCCGAAUGUACAACAUCCGUUAUCACCUCCCUCUCCAUCUUCCGCCAGUCCUACCCCUCUUACCGUUCCGCCGAAAUAUCUACCACUAUACAACGUGCGAUCGUAUUCCUCCACAACGCUCAAUAUCCCGAGGGCGGGUGGUUCGGCUCAUGGGGCAUCUGUUUCACGUAUGCGACAAUGUUCGCGUUGGAGUCGUUAAGCCUUGUCGGGGAGACGUAUGAGACAAGUAAGUAUGCGAAAAAAGCAUGUGACUGGUUGAUUGGGAAACAGAGGGCGGAUGGUGGGUGGGGCGAGAGUUGGAAGACCUGCGAGACCGCGGCGUGGGUCGAGCACGAAAACACGCAGGUCGUACAGACGUGUUGGGCCGCUAUGGCGCUCAUAUACGCAAAAUUCCCCAAGGCAAAGCCCAUAGCGGAGGCCGUCCGGCUGGUCAUGAAGCGUCAACUGCCCGACGGUUCAUGGCCUCAAGAAGCUAUUGAAGGCGUCUUCAACAAGAGCUGCGCCAUCUCAUACCCUAAUUUCAAGUUCUCAUUCACGGUGUGGAUGUUGGGGAAGGCGCAUAAGUAUCUCAAGGAGAAGGACGCUUUGGGUCUUGUUAGUGGCCUUGAAGGGCUAUAA